UUGUAAAGCAAUCCACUGCAGGCGCUGGGUUAAGAUUCUCUGUAACUGUAUUUUGAUACAGAAAUAUGCAUACAUUUUUGUCACUUUUUUCAAAACCCUUUCCCGUUAUUGGAAUGAUCCACGUGGGUGCACUACCGGGAACUCCGCUUUACGAUGGUAAAUUCGAUCGGGUCAUCGAUCGAGUUCGCGCAGAAGCAAUUAUUUAUCGCGAAACGGGAGUAGAUGGCGUGUUAGUGGAAAACAUGCAUGAUAUACCCUACAUACGACCGAAAGAUGGUCUUGGUCCAGAAAUAACGGCUGCUAUGACCAGGAUAUCGCUUGCCGUUCGAGAGAUAAUGCCGACAACGCCGUGUGGAGUGCAGAUUUUGGCCGGAUGCAAUCGUGAGGCAUUGGCGGUGGCCAAGGCCUGUCGGCUACAGUUCAUACGUGCUGAGGGGUUCGUGUUUGGUCACGUAGCUGAUGAAGGAUUUACGGAUGCAUGUGCAGGAUCACUGUUACGGUACCGGAAACAAAUAGACGCCGAUGAUGUUUUCAUUAUGGCAGACAUAAAAAAGAAGCACAGUUCUCAUGCAAUUACAAGCGAUGUGUCUAUUACCGAAACGGCACAUGCGGCAGAAUUUUUUCUUGCAGACAGUCUCAUUAUAACCGGAAGCUCCACCGGAUGCAGCGCUGACCGACAAGAACUGGAAAGCCUCCGAGGAAAAACUAAUCUUCCUCUAAUAAUUGGCUCUGGACUGACACUUGAUAAUUUUAACAAUUACUGGGACCUAGCACAAGGCGCAAUAGUUGGAUCGUAUUUCAAAGUUAACGGACACUGGAGGAAUGAACUAUGUCGAAAGCGUGUUCAAAAGCUAAUGGAACGAAUAGAAACACGACGACAACAAGCCAGCUAA